AUGGCUGCCAAAUCAGGUCGAUCAGGGGCUCUUCCUCGCAUAGACCCAACGAUCGCAAAUAACGCCUACCUACAACCGAAUGUUCCGACCCCCGCGAGCAGCAUUGGCUCACAUUUGCCUUCACCCAUCAACUCUGCCCCUCGGUCACCAAUUCAAUUAUCCCCCCAUGAACUCCCAGGCAGUGAAACAUUGGCGUCGCCAGAUGGAUCCGUGAUCGACCUGGACUCUGUUUUUAACUUCCCCAUGCCGGGCAACCGGGAAUCCACCCGGGUCUCCGUGUCGGGGUUGAAUGCUCCCCCCAGAUCAGCGAGGACACCUUCUCCAGGAUUGGGCCUGAACUUGGCCCCAAAGAAUGUGCCUCUCCCACCAAGCCCACUGCCCCCCCACGCCGAACGACGUGGGUUAUCAACGGGACUCGUACGCAAAACAUCUCUCGCCAGUACUCGCAACGGAAGUUCCACUGCCAGAUCAUCGACAUAUAGUUUCUCACGUGGCUUCCGGACCUUGAUAGACGAGAAACCUCCAAUGCCCCCAGCGCCGCUGCGAACACCCAACAAAGCAUCAUUCUCACGAGAUUCGGAUGUGUCCGCAGGCUCCACCUAUCCUAGCGACCAAGAAGAUGCCUACAGCGGAUUUGACUUUGGUCUCUCGGCUGAACCCGCGUCCACCCCCCUACAUGAUCUCCCAGAGGAACCAACGCCGAUAGAAGAGCCGAACGCAGACCAGCAAGAAACUUUCCCAUUUCCUCCACAGAACCACUUGCACCCCACCGAUGCGGAAUUGGGCGCUGAUGCACCCAGGAAACCCUCCGAUGCGACAAGCGAGGGUGCAUUUUCCAUCACAAGCUUCGCACGGGCGCUGGGACUCGAAGAUUACGCGGCGGAGGAAGGCAACUCACUUUCGUCAGAAGCCUCCCAUCCGGCGUCGGAGCAUGGCAGUGGGAGCUCGAUGUCCAGCCUUUCAUCUAACGCGAGUAUGAACCGACGGAAGAUGGAGGAUCCUUUGAAUCUGGGACCUCUGGUUCAACAAUUACCUGCGAGAACGCGUCAGACUAUCGUGGAGCUGCCCGGUCGAGUGAGAUCCACCAUGGAGGAGGUGCCCCCCAUCCCCGCCGCAUUCUUCAGCCCGGAUUCGCCGACGGAUCCUGCCAUCGGCCAGGGCAGCUUAUCCUUGAUUCGCGAAAAGACGGAUCAAAAAUCGUUAGUUUCUCCAGUGCAGGAACAGCCGGAGCCACCAUCAAUCCCUGAUGGUAACUGCAAGGGUUGUGGAGAGGCCAUCACUGGAAAAUCCAUCUCCUCAUCUGAUGGACGCCUCACCGGGCGAUACCACCGCGGCUGCUUUGUUUGCUACGAGUGCAAUUCACCAUUCCAGUCGACUGAUUUUUAUGUCUUGAACAACCUCCCUUACUGUGCCCAGCACUAUCAUGAACGCAACGGAUCUCUUUGCUCGACUUGCCAUUUAGGUAUCGAAGGACAUUAUUUGGAGACGGUGGAGCAAAAUUACAAUCGGCCCGAACGUCGCCGAUUCCACCCCGAAUGCUUACAAUGCCGCACAUGCCAUGUUCUUCUGAAAGACGACUACUUUGAAUGGAACGGAGGGAUCUUUUGUGAGCGGGAUGCCCGUCGUGCUGCGGCUUCCUAUUAUCCACCCCCGCCUGGUCGACGGCGACCAACCAUCGGGUCAUCGCCAUUGGCACCGCCUCGCGGGUAUCCCCCGGGCCCUGGAUACGGUCCUCCGCCACCUCAUGGGCCAGGCCCAGGCUCACGCCUUGGUCCUCGUUAUCCCCCCGGGCCGCCGGGAGCCAUGCGGAUCCCAGAGCGCCGCACAACCAAGCUCAUGAUGGCUUAA